AAGCUAUGUUUUCAAGCUAGUAGAGAAAUGUUCUUAAAGGUGUAUGCAUUGCUAGAAUGGUGGAUUAUCAUUUUGAAUUGCUUUUUACUAUUUAGUGUAAAGGGUCAGCUGUGUGAACCAUGUGAAGAAACGAUGCCAUGCAAUAUCUCUUACACAAUGCAGGACAAUGCAAGCAUCCUAUCACUAUCCUGGUACAGCAACGGUAACGAAGCGAUGACCUGCUACUUAGACUCAAGCGACUGCAACGUCUACCCACAAUAUAGAAAACUGAUAACAUCUUUAACAGAAGAAAAAAACAGAAAUUUGACACUUAAUCUCAUUUUUUUAAAAACCGGACGACAAAUUAAUUCUAUAACGAUUGAACGAACUUGGAAGUUAAUUGCUUAUUAUUUGAAGCUGCCACCAAAAGUUUUAUUUAUUUGUGACCUAAGGAUCUACAUUUACUAUACCUUAUUUAACAACUACAAUAUAAUAGUUGACAUGUGGCUUUAA